AGAAAGAAAAAGAUGAAUCCAUUAUUGUUUAUUUCUCCUCUGCUGAAAAAUCGGCUUGCGGAGGAAAAGACCGUUAUGUUUAUGUAUCACCGGAAAUAGCCGCCAUACUGAAAAGCCAUAAUUGGCAGCCUAAUCAGACUAAUCGUCGGGAUUUUUGGGACCAGGGUGAUUUACAACCCGAUUAUAACGCUAUUUCCGGAAAAAGGUAUAGUAUUGUUUCCCCAGAAUUAAAACGAAAAUUGGGAGAAAUCAUUUCGCAACGAAGAACGGCGGAGGGUAAUAUUUCCUCCUCACCAGCCAUUAUUGAGGCUCAAUUAACACUUGACCCUCAACAAAAUAAAGCGAGUUAUGAAAUAAGAAAUAAAAUAAGGGAAGCCAGCAUGGACCUGGCGGAAGUUUUCGCAGCCGGAGGAGAAUAUUUUGAUUUACAACCUUCUUAUUACCGGGAAGAGAAAAUUAGGGAAUUCAAAAACGAAAUCAUGAAUAUUGUGGAAAGAAGUGUCGGACAAUUUAACCAACGCCGCCAGCAAGUCAUCGAUCAAGCCAAGCAAGAAGCCCAAAAUAAAGGAGUGCAGAGAGAAAGAGAACGCGAAGAAAGAGACCGGCAACGAGAAGAAGAACUGCAGAGCAAACAGGAGGAAAGGAGCCGAGAAACAAAAGACAAUUUUAAGUUUAAAGAUGCUGAAUUUGACCGCAAAAAAGAAGAAAUAGAAAAAAAACUAGAGGACUUGAAAAAGAAAUUAGACCAGCCAGAGAACCAAGACCAGACCGAUAAUUCUGAUUAUGAAAAUGAGAAAAAAGAUUUAGAAAAGAAAUUGGAAAACAAUCCACCUCCUCCGCCAAGCGAAGAACCAAAAAUUUCUACUAAAAAGGCAGAAAGCAAACUUAAUUGA